AUGCUCCUGCUCCUUCUGCUAUUGAGCUUUUCUCCAUCCCCUAGGACAGAGGCAGGAGAGAUCAUCGGGGGACAUGAGGCUAAGCCCCAUUCCAGACCCUACAUGGCAUUUCUAAAGUUCUUCAAUGAGAAUACUGGUAAAACAUCCCAGUGUGGAGGGUUCCUGAUUCGAAAGAAUGUGGUGCUGACAGCUGCUCAUUGUAAUGGGAGCACAAUGACGGUGACCCUGGGGGCCCACAACAUCAAACAGAAGGAGGAGAGCCAGCAGGUGAUUUCCGUGAGCAAAGCCUUCCUCCACCCUGACUAUGAUUCCAAAAAAAUUAACAAUGACAUCAUGUUGCUGAAGCUGAAGAGUAACGCCAAGAUGACUAAGGCUGUGAAGCCCAUUUCCCUGCCAGGGCCCAGGAACAAGGUGCGACCAGGCCAGGUGUGUAGUGCGGCCGGCUGGGGCAAGGUGGCGCCAUGGAGUAAAUUUCCUGAGGAUCUUCGGGAGGUGGAGCUGAAGGUGCAGGCAGAUGAAGAGUGUCAAUCCUACUUAGAAAAGUAUUACAACCCAGCCACUCAGCUGUGCGCCGGAGACCCUGAGGAGCAAAAGGCUACCUUUACGGGAGAUUCUGGGGGUCCCCUCGUGUGCAAGAACGUGGCUCAGGGCAUCGUAUCCUAUGGAUGGGCAAAUGGAACAUCUCCUCGAGCCUACACCAGAAUCUUCAAAUUCAUGUCCUGGAUAAAGAACACUCUAAGAAAAAUGUAA